CCUGGAGUCGUACUCAUUUUUUUACUUCCUUUCUACGGUGUUGCUACGCAACGCUUCCGAUGACGACAGCAACAGCGUGGUGGCUAUUUAAACGAUUUCAAUCCACGGUGGAAUUAUAUUCACAAGCAAUUGAGUUAAAGAAACAAGUAAGUGUCGACUUAAAAGCAGGAAAGAAAGAUGAAUUGCAUCAUGGUUAUGGCGCUUUUUAUAUGCGCAAUAUCUUGUUGGGCGAACGGACGCAGUUUUACGGAACAUCUGGAAAAGGUGUAGCUCGCUCUAGACAACGUCGAUCGACAAGCAAAACAAAGAGUUAUAUAGCUUUCGACAACCGCAGCGGUGGCGAUGUUAAGUUGUACUAUAAAGACAAAACGGGCAAGAACAAAAAAAAAUGGAGGUUCUUUCUAAUACUAAAGAAAGACCAGUUUAUGGAAGUGAACACGUUCGUCAAUGACAGAUGGAAGGCUAGGGAUAUAAGGAACAAACGCUUGGACAUUAACAACAAGAAAAAAAUUAGAACCGAGCUAAGUAAGCCGACGGCCAGAGAUCUUUACAUCAUCACAAGAAAAGGAGAGAUCUCUACGAAGAAUGUAUACGUUGAAACGUUGGUGGUAGUCGACAAAUCAGUUCGUGAUCUGUUUGAUAGCGAUUUUAAAACGCGAACUUACGUUAAAACAAUGAUGGACUUCGCUUCAAAAGCUUUCCUUCACGAAAGUUUAACUCGACAUCAUCUGAGGAUCAACUUACUUACAAGUCAGAUCGUCAUUUUAAAGGUAAGUUUGAUAAAAAGAGUUUUUUUAAAGGUUGUUCACAUCAAUCUCUGGAUUAAGAAAAUUGCAGCAUGAUGACAUUGUCAAAUAAAACAAUUUUAAGAUUUAAACAAUUUCUAACUCAAUUUUUAAAAAAAUCCUCGUUUUAGGAAGAAAUUUUGUUCAAGGACCCA